AUGGCCGAUUAUUGGAAAAGUAACCCAAAGAAGUAUUGCGAAUUAUGCAAAUGUUGGAUGGCUGACAACAAAAUCAGCAUCCAAAAUCAUGAGAAUGGUAUGCGACAUAAAGCUAGUGUAGCUAAAAAAGUUAAUGAAUUGACCCGUAGCAAUAAGUGUGCUGAAAUGGAAAGGAAGAAUUUAGAGGCGUGCUUACAACAAAUAAACGAUAGUGCCCACUUAAGUAUGAUGAAAGAUCUAGAAAGAGACCCAUCAUUGGCAAAACAGUAUGGAGUCGUGCUAGCAAAGUCACCAUGUGAAGGAAAAUUGAACGAAGAGUCUUCUAGUAAAACAGGGAAAUCAGUUGCUGAUAAAUCUCGUCCUGAUCCAUCCAGUCGUGCAAAUGUUUGGAAGGAAUCAAUCACCCCAGAUGGCAAACAUUAUUAUUGGAAUGUGGCUACCCGUGUUACUCAGUGGACACGGCCAGAUGGCAUUAUAGAGCCGGACCAACGACCAGUGAAAGAAGAAAAAACCAGACUAAAAGAAUUCGUCUUAAAUCGUCUUGUGGAGUUAAGCGAACAUGGAUCCAAAGGAGCCAAUGAGGCAGUAUUACAAGUGUUUAAUGUACCUACAUCAGAUAUCGAGCCUAUCAUAGAAAAAAUAUCAGAUGGCACAUCCGAUAAGAAGCCGAAAAGUGUGAACCUUCCAACACCUGUUCAAUUCCAAGGUCCACAAAUUGACUUACUUGGUCCGUGGGUUCCUUGUGAUGAUACUCCUAGGCCCAAAUUACCCAAGCUUGAUCUUCCUGAUGCCUCCAAUGAUGUUGGAAGCUUCGGAUCUCCAAAUUUAGAUGGAAAACUGGCUGUACUUGCACAGUUGGAAGCGACAACGGAAAAGUAUUACGAAAAUCCAACUCUCUUCAGUCCUAAAGACCAGGUAACUACUCAUAGUAGUUACGUAGCUGAAACCACUAAGCAAACCAAUAGUGAGGAUACUAAAGUACGACAGCCUAAUUCUAACACAACAGCUCGUAUUGUGUUCAAACGACGUCCUACGUCUAACCGAAGUAUACGUACUCCGCAAGAUGACGAGUAAACGUUCC